AUGGCCAGCAAAGAAGCCGUCCCAUCUCCUGCCCAGGGCGUUGGUCCCACCUACCGAACCGAUGAAGAGAAACCUACGGCCACUGUGUCUAAGAAAGUGUCUUAUGAGAACGUUCAUGUCCUUCCUCAAACACCUCAGUUGAUCGCUCUCUUGACAAUGAUCAGGGACAAGCGGACGGUUCGUGCCGACUUUAUCUUCUACUCCAAUCGAAUCAUCCGUCUCUUGGUGGAAGAAGGCUUAAACCACCUUCCUGUAGUUGAACAAUCGGUCACUACCCCCGUUGGUCGGGACUACCUGGGUGUCAAAUUCGAGGGCAAAAUUUGCGGCGUCUCCAUCAUGCGCGCCGGAGAGGCUAUGGAGCAGGGUCUUCGGGAUUGUUGCCGAUCUGUCCGUAUCGGCAAGAUUCUCAUUCAGCGUGAUGAGGAGACUUGCAUGCCCAAGCUUUUCUACGACAAACUUCCUGCUGACAUUGCGGACCGCUGGGUUCUCCUCUUGGACCCCAUGUUCGCUACUGGAGGUUCCGCAACUCUGGCCGUAGAGGUUUUGAUGCAGCGGGGAGUGCCUGAGCACCGAAUCUUGUUCCUGAACCUGAUUGCAAGCCCCUCCGGUGUUGCAGAGUUUGCGGAGCGAUUCCCCAAGCUUCGAGUGGUCACCGCGUUCAUCGAUCAGGGACUUGAUGACAAGAAGUACAUCAUUCCCGGUCUGGGUGAUUUCGGUGACCGAUACUACACCCUUUAG